AUGGACAACGAUACUGUUUUUCCUGCUUUAUCAGGUGGUGAAAUAGUUGUGGGCAAAUACAGAGGUACUGAUCAUUCUCGAAUGACGAAAGCAAUAGUAAUUCUUACUAAUUAUCGGCUCUUAAUUCGUUGGCAAGGAACAAUUUGCGGUUGUUUUACUCGUUCUUCUUAUUCUUCAAUAAGACUCGAUUCAAUUGAUCGCAUCGAUGAUAUGCGUUCCGAUGCAAGUCUAGCAAUUUUCUUCAUGAUAUUUGUGCUAGUUGCAGGAAUUAUUUCCAUGAUAUAUGGAUUUGUUUUUGGGCUAAUAUCAUUUCAAUCGUUGGGUACGCUAGUUACCAUUGUCGAUGUGGUCAUCUUUAUUUUUUUAUGGUGUUCUAAUCAAAACAAAUAUAUUACAUUUAAAGGUUCUUUUGGCUCAGAAACGAUAAUAUUUCAAAAGACAAUUGCUAAUGAAUUCGAAGAACGGUUGAGUGAAAUGAUUCAUCAACGAAGUAUUCAAUAUUUUACUGGAAAAAAUGAGCAUAAUGGAUCACGUUUACUGUCGGAACCAUCAGCACCGAUGGUAUCGAGAAACAUUAUCGAUAUCGAGAUGGAAACAGAAAAAAAAUAUGCUUACCAACCGUUGUCAAGUGUUGCAUAA